GCCGGAGCUGGACAGCUGGCCUCAGCACACCUGCUGCAGACACCGGAGAGGAUGACGGCUCCACAGGUCACCAGAGUGAUACUCCCCCUGAUGUUGAGUUUGUUUCUGGGAGCCCCAUCUUCCAUUUGGCCCCUGGCUCCUGCAGCGGCCUUCCAGCUGCCGCCCUGCCAGCUCAUCAACCAGACGGUGUCUCUGGAGAAGGAGGGCUGCCCCAAGUGUCACGCAGUGGAAACUACCAUCUGCAGUGGUCACUGCAUCACCAAGGACCCUGUCAUCAAGAUACCAUUCAGUAACGUGUACCAGCAUGUGUGCACAUACCGGGACUUGUAUUACAGGACGUUCGACCUUCCUGACUGUCCUCCUGAUGUGAACCCCACCGUCACCUACCCGGUGGCUUUGAGCUGCCACUGCGGCAGGUGUGCGAUGGACACAUCUGACUGCACCUUUGAGAGCCUGCAACCCGACUUCUGCAUGAAUGACAUACUUUUCUACUACUAGAAAAAAAACCACAUUCAGACACACAACACAUAGAACAUAGAGCCGCCCUCACAUUUAGCAUCAACUGUAGUAAAUAAAGAUUGUUGCCUUUA